AUACAAGUUCUUCCCACCUUGGCACUCUCAGUAUCUUGCCAAGAGUCCUCCCUGACCGCCAGAAGUUCCACCUCACCAUCAAGAAAGGCCCUGGUCCAGGAUGUGCAAUCACAGGGCUGGGGAAGGUCAGCUCAGGGUCACAAGAAGCCUGAUGGGCAGGAAAGAGCAUGAAAACCCCAGCCAGCCUUACCUGUGUGGCUGGGAGGACUCACAGAAACCCUCUGUACCGCGUCAUGGGCCAAAGACACCGUCAUGCAAGGGGGUGAAGGCUCCACACCUGUCCCUGUCCUGGGCGUGGAAGCAGGACCGCGAGCAGUCUCUGGCAGCAGCCUAUGUGCCGGUUGUGGUGGACUCUAAGGGGCAGAAUCCGGACAAGCUCAGGUUCAAUUUCUACACCUCCCAGUACUCCAACUCCCUGAACCCCUUCUACACUUUGCAGAAGCCUACCUGUGGCUACCUGUACCGCCGGGACACUGACCACACCCGCAAGCGCUUUGAUGUGCCUCCUGCCAACUCGGUCUUGUGGCGCUCCUAAGCCUGAGCCAAACAGAAGCCCCUAACCCUUCACCCUCACCCCUGUGACCUCAGGUCCCCAAGGGGAAGGGCUGCUCACUGCAGGAGGAGCGACCUGUGUUCAGGCUAAGACAGCUGUGCCAUGCCCACCUACUGACAAUGAUAAAGGGAGGUCUCUCUUCUCAGCAGCA